AGACACCCCAGCCUUCUGCCCGCCCGGCCGGGGCAGACAGGCAAACUAAUCGAACCGUGAGUCAUCCCGCUUUCCGCCGCUGCAGCACCGGAGCCUGCCGCGGCUCCUGCUACUCUAACACCGCCUCCUCCGCGGCUCUGCGGUAGGGAUCCAUGCCGCAGCAGAAGACUGUUUCGGCUUUGACCUGCAGGGUUUGAGGCGUUGCCAAGUACCGGCGUCCGGUGCGGGGAUGCUGAAGGCGGGAGGAAGGUCACAGAUGACUGCGGCUCGUGCGCGCUGCCUCCUCCUCUUCAGCCAGCGGCGCUGCGUUCCGUAAAAGGAGCGGCCGAUUCCGCUGACCCCUGCGGACACGUGCCGUGCGCCGUCACAAGCGCGGGCCCUCUGCCACCUUCAUUUGUUUGGGUUGGUGAGAGCGCGCAGGACGCGGUGAGACGCCACGCACGCCGGGCGAGCUUUCACGCACUGAUCCAGCUUCGAGGAAAGGAAAUGGCGACCAAAAAAGACAGAUGCAAGGACCGAGCUCCACGGGAGGAGAGCCUUGAAGAGAAGAGCAGCGCCCCCUGUCCUGGAGACACUCUGCCCUGGAAUCUGUCCAAAUACCAGAGGGUUAAGCGCUCCAAGUCAGCCUCAGGGGAGGUCCUGGAUCCAGCCGAGAGGGCAGUCAUUCGUAUUGCAGAUGAACGAGACCGAGUGCAAAAGAAGACAUUCACAAAAUGGGUUAACAAGCACUUGAUAAAGGCCCAGCGUCACGUGACAGAUCUGUACGAAGACCUUCGAGAUGGACACAACCUGAUCUCACUGCUGGAGGUCCUUUCUGGAGAUACGCUGCCUAGAGAAAAAGGCCGCAUGCGCUUCCACAAACUGCAGAAUGUUCAGAUAGCACUGGACUUCCUCAAACACCGGCAGGUCAAGCUGGUUAACAUCAGAAAUGAUGAUAUAGCAGAUGGAAACCCCAAGCUGACCUUGGGGUUAAUCUGGACCAUCAUCCUCCACUUCCAGAUCUCAGACAUCCAGGUGAACGGGCAGUCGGAGGACAUGUCGGCCAAAGAGAAGCUGCUCUUCUGGUCUCAGCGGAUGACGGAGGGCUACCCGGGAAUCCGCUGCGACAACUUCACCACCAGCUGGAGGGACGGCAAACUCUUCAACGCUGUCAUCCACAAGCACUAUCCCAGACUCAUCGACAUGGGUAAGGUGUACCAACAGUCCAACCUGGAGAACCUUGAACAUGCGUUCAAUGUGGCGGAGAAGGAUCUGGGAGUGACGCGCCUCCUGGACCCUGAAGACGUUGAUGUUCCGCACCCUGAUGAGAAGUCCAUUAUUACUUACGUCUCUUCUCUAUAUGAUGUCAUGCCUCGUGUUGAUGUCCAGGACGGAGCUAGAGCCAAUGAGCUGGAGCUUCGCUGGCAGGAAUACUAUGAGUUGGUGACCAUUCUGCUCCAAUGGAUCCGUCAGCAUGCCAUGAUCUUUGAGGAAAGAAAGUUCCCUGCCAGCUACGAGGAGAUAGAGCUUCUUUGGCGCCAGUUCCUAAGGUUUAAAGAGACAGAGCUUCCUGUGAAAGAGGGCGACAAGAGCCGCUCCAAACAGAUCUACCAGUCAUUUGAGAGUGCAGUGCAUGCUGGCCAGGUGAAGGUCCCUCCAGGCUACCAUCCCAUUGAUGUGGAGAAAGAGUGGGGUCGUCUUCAUGCGGCCAUCCUUGAGCGAGAACGGCUGCUCAGGAUAGAGUUUGAAAGGCUUGAGAGGCUCCAAAGAGUUUUCGGUAAAGUCCAAAUGGAGUCAGGCGUCUGUGAUGAUCAACUCAGUCGCCUGGAGAGUCUGCUCCAGUCGGACAUCCGUCUUCUGAACGCUGGGAAACCAGCUCAGCACACAGCAGAGGUGGAGAGAGAGCUGGACAAGGCCGAAAACAUGAUUCGCCUUUUAUUCAAUGAUGUGCAGUUUCUCAAAGAUGGGCGCCACCCUCAGGCUGAACAGAUGUAUCGCAGAGUUUACCGCCUGCAUGAGCGCCUGGUGAACUUGAGGAGUGAUUACAACCUACGGCUGAAAUCCACUCUGACUGCCGCCCAAGUCCCUCUGACCUCCCAGCAGACCUCCAUGAAAGUGCGGCCAGAGAUCGAUGAUGUGACCUUGCGCUACGUUCAAGACCUGCUGGCGUGGGUGGAGGAAAACCAGCGGCGCAUCGACUCUGCAGAGUGGGGAUCAGAUCUGCCCUCAUUGGAGUCGCAACUGGGCAGCCACAGAGGCCUGCAUCAGACCGUGGAGGACUUUAAGUCCAAGAUCGAACGGGCAAAGUCUGAUGAGGGCCAAUUAUCUCCUGUGAGUAAGGGAACAUACAGAGAGUACCUGGGAAAACUGGACCUUCAGUAUGGCAAACUACUGAACUCCUCCAAGUCUCGCUUGAGGAACCUGGAUUCCCUCCAUGCCUUCAUCUCUGCUGCCACAAAGGAACUGAUGUGGUUGAAUGACAAAGAAGAAGAAGAAGUAAACUUUGACUGGAGUGACAGGAACACCAACAUGACGGCUAAGAAGGACAAUUAUUCAGGUCUCAUGCGAGAGCUGGAGCUUCAGGAGAAGAAAGUCAAUGACAUUCAGGCUUUGGGAGACAAGCUUGUCAAGGAUGGACAUCCUGGCAAGAAGACAGUGGAGACAUUCACAGCUGCACUGCAGACACAGUGGAGUUGGAUCCUGCAGCUGUGCUGCUGCAUUGAAGGUCAUCUUAAAGAGAACACGGCCUACUACCAGUUCUUUGGCGAUGUGAAAGAGGUGCAGGAGAAGAUGAACAAAAUGCAGGAGAACAUGAAAAAGAAAUACAGCUGUGAUGGCUCUACAACAGCAACACGCUUGGAGGAUCUGCUGCAGGAUGCCGCGGAGGAAAGGGAGCAGCUAAAUGAAUUCAAGACUCUGAUUACAGCCUUGAACAAGAGAAGCAGAUCCAUCAUUCAGCUGAAGCCCCGUAACCCCACCACCUCCAUCAAAGGCAAAAUGCCCAUUCAGGCCGUCUGUGACUUCAAGCAGCAGGAGAUCACCGUCCACAAAGGGGAUGAGUGUGCUCUCCUGAACAACUCUCAGCCCUUCAAGUGGAAGGUCUUGAACCGCUCUGGACACGAGGCGCUGGUUCCUUCAGUUUGCUUCAUUGUACCUCCGGUCAACAAGGAGGCUCUGGACAGCGUGUCAAGUCUGGAUGCAGGCCAUCAGCAGAUGCUGUCCAUGUGGCAGAUGCUCCAUGUAAACAUGAGGAGUCUGCUGUCAUGGCAGUACCUGACGAAAGACUUCACACAGAUACGGUCUUGGAACAUUACUAUGUUGAAGACCAUGAAACCAGAAGAAUACCGGCAAGUCAUGAAGAACCUGGAGCUCCACUACCAGGACUUCAUGCGCGACAGCCAGGACUCCCAGCAGUUUGGACCCGAUGACCGCAUGCAGGUGGAAGGGGAAUACAACAGGUGCAUCAAGCACUUCGAUGAGCUGAUCCACUCCAUGGAGAAGGGACAAAUAUUUAAGCUCAAAGGUCAGCAGGAUGAGACUCUGUGUAAAAACUACAUCUCUGAAGUCAAAGAGCUGCGUCUGCGCAUCAAGGACUGCGAGGCGCAGACCGUGUCUCGCAUGCGCAAACCCCUAGAGAAAGAGCCUCUGAAAGAAUGUGACCAGAAGGCCAAGGAUCAGAGGAGAGUGCAGAUCGAGCUUGAGGGCCUUAAGAAGGACCUGGACAAGGUGUCUGUGAAAUCAAAUCAGGUCUUGAACUCACCUCAGCAACCAGCCUCAGCUCCUUUGCUGCGUUCAGAGCUCGACCUCACUGUGCAGAAGAUGGACCAGACCUACAUGCUCUCCUCUGUUUAUCUGGAAAAGCUGAAGACUGUGGAGGUUGUCAUUCGUAACACGCAGGACGCUGAGGGCGUGCUGAAGCGGUAUGAGGACCGUCUGCGGGAGGUUCACACUGUGCCUGGUGACAAUAAAGAAGUGGAGAGCUACAGAACUAAACUGAAGAAAAUGCGCGCAGAGGCCGAAGGUGAUCAGCCGAUCUUCGACUCCUUGGAGGCGGAGGUAAAGAAGGCCUCUGCUGUGAGUGACAAGAUGUCCCGCGUGCACAGCGAGCACGACGCCGAGCUGGACCACUACCGCCAGCUGAUGAGCGGUCUCCAGGAGCGCUGGAAGGCUGUGUUCACCCAGAUGGACCUUCGCCAGCGAGAGCUGGAGCAGCUUGGCCGCCAGUUGAGUUACUAUCGCGAGAGCUACGACUGGCUGAUCCGCUGGAUCGAUGACGCCAAGCAGAGGCAGGAGAAGAUCCAGGCUGUGCCUAUCACCAACAGCAAAGCUCUGAAAGAUCAGCUCGCUCAGGAGAAGAAACUUCUAGAAGAGAUUGAACAGAACAAAGAUAAAAUUGAUGAGUGUGAAAAGUAUGCUAAAGCAUACAUUGACACCAUCAAGGACUAUGAGCUGCAGCUGGUUGCAUACAGAGCUCAGGUGGAGCCCCUCGCCUCCCCAGUGAAGAAAACCAAACUGGAUUCUGCUUCUGACAACAUCAUUCAGGAGUAUGUCACUCUGAGGACUCGAUACAGUGAGCUGAUGACGCUCACCAGUCAGUACAUCAAGUUCAUCACUGAGACGCAGCGCCGCCUGGAGGAAGAGGAGAAAGCUGCACAGAAACUCAAAGCGGAAGAGCAAAAAAAGAUGGCGGACAUGCAGGCUGAGUUAGAAAAACAAAAGCGGUUAGCUGAAGCUCACGCAAAGGCCAUUGCUAAAGCUGAGAAAGAGGCUCAAGAGCUGCAGCUCAAAAUGCAGGAGGAAGUAAGCAGGAGGGAAGUUGCUGCUGUAGAUGCAGAAAAGCAGAAGAGCAACGUUGAGUUGGAGCUGCAUGAACUCAGGAACCUCUCAGAACAGCAGAUCAAGGACAAAGGUCAGCAGGUGGACGAGGCUCUCAAGAGCCGGGCCAAAAUCGAGGAUGAAAUCCACCUCAUCCGCAUCCAACUCGAGACAACUUUGAAACAAAAGUCCACAGCCGAAUCUGAGCUCCAGCAACUUCGCGAUAGAGCAGAAGAAGCUGAGAGACUCCGGAAAGCCGCCCAGGAGGAAGCGGAGAAGCUCCGGAGACAAGUUCACGAAGAGUCUCAGAAGAAGCACAUCGCAGAGAUGGAACUGAAACAGAAAUCUGAGGCGGAGAAGGAAGCUGCUCAGCAAAAGCAGAAAGCUCUUGAAGUCCUGGAGGACCUCAAGAGACAAGCCGAGGAGGCAGAGAGGAGAGUCAAACAGGCGGAGAUGGAAAAAGAAAAACAGAUCAUGGUGGCUCACGAAGCAGCCCAGAAGAGUGCAGCUGCCGAGUUACAGAGCAGACACAUCUCAUUUGUGGAAAAGACCUCAAAGUUGGAGGAAUCACUCAAGCAAGAGCACGGUGCAGUCCUCCAGCUCCAACAACAAGCGGCUCAGCUCAAGAAACAACAGGAGGAUGCAGAAAACGCCAGAGAAGAGGCAGAGAAGGAGCUUGAGAAGUGGAGGCAGAAAGCCAACGAGGCUCUUCGCCUCAGACUACAAGUGGAGGAAGAAGCACACAAAAAGAGCCUGGCUCAAGAAGAAGCCGAAAAACAGAAGGAGGAAGCAGAGCGAGAAGCUAAGAAGAGAGCCAAAGCUGAGGAGUCUGCCUUGAAGCAGAAGGAAAUGGCUGAAAGGGAGCUGGAGAGGCAGCGGAAGCUCGCUGAGAGCACAUCCCAGCAGAAGCUCACUGCGGAGCAGGAGCUCAUCCGUCUCCGGGCCGAAUUUGACAACGCAGAGCAGCAGAGAUGUCUCCUCGAAGAUGAACUUUACCGUCUGAAGAAUGAAGUCGCUGCAGCCCAGCAACAGAGAAAACAGCUGGAAGAUGAACUGGCCAAAGUCAGGAGUGAAAUGGAUUUGCUUAUCCAGAUGAAGGCAAAUGCAGACAGAGAAUCCAUGUGCAACACCGAGAAGAGCAAACAGCUGCUGGAAGCUGAAGCUGCCAAAAUGAGGGACCUGGCCGAAGAGGCCAGCAAGCUUCGAGCCAUCUCAGAGGAGGCCAAGCAUCAGCGGCAAAUUGCAGAGGAAGAAGCAGCUCGUCAGAGAGCCGAGGCCGAGAGGAUUCUCAAAGAAAAGCUUGCUGCCAUCAGCGAAGCCACUCGCCAAAAAACCGAGGCCGAGAUUGCCUUGAAAGAGAAGGAGGCAGAAAACGAGAGACUCCGUCGGCAGGCAGAGGACGAGGCUUACCAGAGGAAAGCCCUGGAGGACCAAGCUAACCAGCACAAACAGGACAUUGAGGCAAGGAUAGUUCAACUCAAAAAGUCCUCUGAGGAUGAAAUGGAAAGGCAAAGGGCGUUAGUAGACGAAACGCUGAAGCAAAGACGGGCUGUUGAAGAGGAGAUCCGAAUACUUAAGCUCAACUUUGAAAAGGCCUCAUCUGGAAAACUUGAUCUGGAGCUGGAGCUGAACAAGCUGAAGAAUAUUGCGGAGGAAACUCAACAAAGCAAGCUCCGAGCAGAAGAGGAAGCUGAAAAGCUGAGGAAGCUUGCCCUCGAGGAGGAGAAGAGAAGGAGGGAUGCUGAGGAAAAAGUGAAGAAGAUUGCUGCUGCAGAAGAGGAGGCCGCCAGACAGCGCAAAGCCGCCCAAGAGGAGCUGGAACGGCUGAAAAAAAGAGCAGAGGAAGCCAAAAUACAGAAAGAAGAGGCAGACAAAGAAGCAGAGAGGCAGAUCGUUGCAGCCCAGCAGGCAGCUCUGAAGUGCAAUGCAGCUGAGGUACAGGUACAGAGCGUCCUUGCUCAGCAGAAGGAGGAUAGCAUCACGCAAAAGAAGCUGAAAGAAGAGUACGACAAAGCCAAGAAGCUGGCCAUCCAGGCAGAGGCCGCCAAGCAGAAGGCUGAAAGAGAGGCAGCUCUCCUUCGUCAGCAAGCAGAGGACGCAGAGCGGCAGAAAGCUGCUGCCGAGCAAGAAGCUGCAAACCAAGCCAAGGCUCAGGAGGACGCAGAGCGGCUGAGGAAGGAGGCCGAGUUUGAAGCCGCCAGGCGAGCACAGGCCGAAGCCGCAGCCCUCAAGCAGAAGCAGCAAGCUGACACCGAAAUGGCAAAGCACAAAAAGUUAGCCGAACAAACCCUGAAACAGAAGUUCCAAGUGGAGCAGGAGCUCACCAAAGUUAGGCUUCAGCUGGAUGAAACAGACAAGCAGAAGUCCCUCCUGGACGGGGAGCUGCACCGGCUGAAGGAUGAGGUGGACGAUGCCGUCAAACAGAAGACCCAGGUGGAGGAGGAGCUUUUUAAAGUCAAGGUCCAGAUGGAGGAAUUGGUCAAACUAAAAAUGAGAAUAGAGGAGGAAAACCAGCGUCUCAUCUUGGAUAACAAAAACAACACGCAGAGGUGUUUUGCUAGUGAGGCAGAGAAUUUGAAAAAACUCGCAGAGGAAGCUGCCAUACUAAGUGUUGAGGCCCAAGAGGCGGCACGCCUGAGGCAGAUAGCCGAAGAGGACCUCAACCAGCAGCGAGCGCUUGCAGACAAAAUCCUCAAAGAGAAAAUGCAAGCCAUACAGGAAGCAUCCAGACUCCGAGCUGAGGCAGAGAUGCUCCAGAGACAGAAAGAGCUGGCUCAGGAACAAGCACAAAAGCUUCUGGAGGAUAAGCGGCAAAUGCAGCAGCGCCUGGAGGAGGAAACGGAGGAAUACCACCGCUCACUACAAGCAGAGAGGAAGAGGCAACUAGAAAUCACAACCGAAGCAGAAAAACUCAAGCUCCAGGUUUCUCAGCUUAGCGAAGCCCAGGCAAAAGCCGAAGACGAAGCCAAAAAAUUCAAGAAACAGGCAGAUGCAGUGGCUGCCCGUCUUCAUGAAACGGAAAUUGCCACCAAAGAAAAACUGACUGUGGUUCAAAGACUGGAAUUCGAGAGACUAAAUUCCACCAAAGAGGCCGAUGAUUUACGCAAAGCUAUCACAGACCUAGAGAGUGAGAAGGCUAGACUGAAACAGGAGGCUGAGGAACUUCAAAAUAAGUCCAAAGAGAUGGCUGAUGCUCAGCAGAAACAAAUGGAGCAUGAGAAGACGAUGCUUCAACAGACAUUCCUGACCGAAAAAGAGAUGCUGUUACGGAAAGAGAAGCAAAUUGAAGAUGAGAAAAGGAGACUGGAGAGCCAGUUUGAAGAAGAAGUCAGAAAGGCAAAGGCUCUCAAAGAUGAGCAGGAACGGCAGAAACAGCUGAUGGAGGAGGAGAAGAGGAAACUCCAGGCUAACAUGAAUGCAGCCCUUAGUAAACAAAAAGAGGCGGAGCAAGAAAUGCUAAACAGGCAAAAGGAAAUGCAGGAGCUGGAGAGGAAGAGACUAGAGCAGGAAAGGAUCCUUGCUGAGGAGAAUCAGAAAUUGCGUGAGAAGCUACACCAACUUGAGGAAGCCCAGAAAGUCCCAGACAAAGAAGUGAUCGUUGCUGAGACAACAAAGACAGUUUACAAUGGUCAAAACGCUGGUGACAUGGUAGAUGGUUUAGACAAGAAACAAGAUCCAUUAUCUUUUGAUGGCAUCCGGGAUAAAGUGCCUGCAAGUAGACUUUAUGAAGUUGGUCUUUUACCCAAGAAAGACUUUGAAAAGCUAAAAAAUGGCAAAACCACUGUACAGGAGCUUGCUGAGACAGAACAUCUGAAGAGAAUUCUUAAGGGAAAGUAUGCUGUUGCUGGUAUUUUGACCCCCACUAAUCAAAAGAUGUCAAUCUAUCAAGCAUCAAAAGAGAAGAAGAUUACACCUGGCACAGCCCUGAUCCUUCUUGAGGCACAGGCUGCCACCGGUUAUAUUUUAGACCCCAUUAAGAAUCAGAAACUCUCAGUGAAUGAGGCUGUCAAGGAAGGCGUGAUUGGACCUGAACUACACAACAAAAUGCUCUCAGCUGAGAGGGCUGUCAUUGGCUACAAGGAUCCAUACACCGGAGGAAAAAUCUCCGUUUUUGAAGCGAUGAAAAAGGGGCUGAUUGAACAUGACCAUGCCAUUAGAAUCCUUGAGGCCCAGCUUGCUACUGGUGGCAUCAUUGACCCCAUCAACAGUCACCGCGUACCCAAUGCAACAGCCUGCAAACAAGGACAGUAUGAUGCAGAGAUAAAUAAGAUCAUGGAGAGUCCUUCAGAUGACACAAAAGGAUAUUUUGACCCUAGCACUCAGGAGCCCUUGACUUAUUCUGAACUAAUUGCAAGAUGCACCACAGACCCCCAGACCAGUCUGUUACUACUGCCAAUCACAGACAAAGCUGCUCAGUGCUCCAGUAUAUACACAGAAGAAGAGACCAAAGAUGUUUUCAGUAAAACUACAGUCUCUGUACCAUUUGGGAGAUUCAAAGGAAAAACUGUGACAAUUUGGGAGAUAAUAAACUCUGAGUACUUUACUGAAGAUCAGAAAAAGGACCUCCUCCGUCAGUACAGGACUGGCAAAAUCACAAUUGAAAAGAUCAUCAAAAUUGUGAUAACUGUGACUGAAGAGAAAGAGAAAAAGAAUGAAAUCACCUUUGAUGGCCUUCGAGGACCUGUUCCUGCCAGCGAGCUUCUAGAAUCUGCAAUCAUUGAUAAAGAUCUAUACAACAAAUUGAAUAAGGGAAAUAUAACCGUCAAAGAAGUGUCUGAAAUGGGCCCAGUGAGUAAAGCACUGAAGGGUACAAACUGCAUUGCAGGAGUAAUCAUCGACUCAUCCAAGGAAAUAAUGUCCUUCUAUCAAGCUAUGAAGAAGCAAAUGAUGAGACCUGAGCUUGCCCUGAAAAUGCUUGAAGCACAAGCAGGAACAGGCUAUAUGGUCGACCCUGUUCAAAACAAGAAGUACACAGUUGAUGAGGCUGUCAAAGCAGCUGUUGUUGGUCCUGAAUUACAUGAAAAGCUCCUGUCAGCAGAGAGAGCUGUUACAGGUUACAAAGAUCCCUACACUGGAAAAGCUGUAUCUCUUUUCCAAGCAAUGAGAAAAGAUCUCAUUCCUAAAGAACAAGGAAUAAGACUGCUUGAUGCUCAAAUGACCACUGGUGGUAUAAUUGACCCAGAGAAGAGCCAUCGUAUUCCUCAUGAUGUGGCUUGCAAAAGAAAUUAUUUUGAUGAUGAAAUGAAACAUUCACUUGGCAGCCCAACUGAUGACACCAAAUGUUUCUUUGACCCAAACACAAAAGAGAAAGUCACGUACGCACAGCUCUUCCAGAGAUGUCUUACCGACAAGAAAAGUGGUCUACAACUUCUUCCUUUGUCAGAUGAAGCAAUCAAUAACAAAGAGGAAGCAACAUACACUGAAGCGCAAACAAAAGAGGCAAUGACUCAGGCAACUGUGGAACUUGAGUCUGGACCAUUUAAGGGCAGAAAAAUGACCCUCUGGGAAAUUAUAAACUCAGAAUAUUUCACUGAGGAGCAAAGGCUUGACCUGCUAAGACAGUUUCGGUCUGGAAAGCUUACAAUUGAAAAGAUCAUCAAAAUUAUUAUCACAGUUGUGAAUGAGAAAGAGGCCAAGAAACGGGAGGAGUCCAGUUUUAAGGGACUUAGAGCUCUUGUACCAGCAGACUCUCUUUAUGAUUCCAAAAUCAUAGAUAAACCAACAUUUGAUCGCCUUCAACAAGGCAAAACAACACCUAAACAGGUCAGUGAGAAUCCCAAAGUCAGCAGUUACCUUCAGGGAACAGAGUGCAUUGCUGGUAUUUACCUUGAACCAACUAAAGAAAAAACUAGCAUUUAUCAAGCAAUGAAGAAAAAGCUCAUCAGACACAACACAGGCAUUUCAUUGCUUGAGGCCCAAGCUGCAACUGGGUUUAUUGUAGAUCCAGUGAAAAAUCUAUGUCUAACAGUAGAUGAGGCAGUAAAAGCUGGCCUUGUUGGUCCUGAGCUGCAUGAAAAACUUCUCUCUGCAGAAAAAGCUGUCACUGGUUACAAGGAUCCAUUUACAGGACAGAAAAUCUCCCUCUUUGAAGCAAUGCAAAAAGAUCUCAUUCUUAGACAACAUGCCAUUCCCCUCCUAGAAGCGCAGAUGGUCUGUGGAGGAAUUAUUGACCCGGUAAACAGUCAUCGUGUACCCAUUGAUGUUGCAUGUCAGAAAAACCUUUUCAGCAGAGAAACCGCUAAGACCUUAUCUGAGCCGUCAGAAGAAAACAAGGCUUUCUCAGAUCCAGAAACUGAUGAAAAUGUAACCUACAAGCAGCUCAAAGACAAGUGCCAGAAAGACAAAGAUACAGGUCUGUACAUACUUCCACUUUCCAAGCCCCAAUCUCCAACUGUCGUAGAGAAGACAUACCUCUAUACAGAAGAACAAACACAAAGUGAUCUGGCCAAUACUCAAAUUGACAUUCCAAUUGAAGGCCUUUCUGACAAACCAAUGAAUCUCUGGGAUGUUGUGAACUCAAAUUUACUCCCAGAGCAGGAGAGGCAAAGACUCAUGGAUGAAUACCGCUCAGGUAAAAUCACUAAAGAGCGAAUGAUCAUCAUUAUUAUUGAGAUAAUGGAACAAAGGGAGAUCACCCGAAAUGACAACCCACAGUCAUAUCAGUUUAUAAGACGAAGGAUAACGAUCGAAGAGCUCUACAACGCACGCAUUAUCGACCUGGAGACAUACAACCUCCUUAAACAGGGAAAGAGGAACAUCCUUGACAUCAUGGAGAUGACCAGUGUAAAACAGUAUCUUUAUGGGACAGGAUGUGUUGCUGGAGUCACAACAGACUUGAGUUCAAGGAUAAGCAUAUACCAGGCAAUGAAAAGAGGUUUCCUCAAACCAGAAAUAGGUCUUAGCCUCCUUGAAGCACAAGCAGCAACAGGAUUUAUUAUUGACCCAAUUAAAAAUGAGACGCUGACUGUGGAUGAAGCUGUUCGCAAAGGUGUCGUUGGACCUGAGAUUCAUGACAAACUUCUUUCAGCUGAAAGAGCUGUCACAGGUUACAAAGAUCCAUAUAGUGGCAAGGUCAUCUCACUCUUCCAAGCAAUGAAGAAGGAUCUUGUUCCUGAAGACUAUGCCAUGAAAAUGCUGGAGGCACAAAACGCUACCGGUGGAAUAAUUGAUCCAGAAUUCCAGUUCCACUUACCUGCAGACAUUGCCUUACAAAGAGGUUAUAUCAAUAAGGAGACGAAUGAGAAGUUGACUGAUGACAUUAAAGGAUUUGUUGAUCCUGUCACAGAUGAAAAAUUGUCCUAUGCAGAAUUGCUCAAGAGAUGCAAACUAGACGGUGGAUUGCGCUUACUCUCUUUAGGAGACAAGAGACUGACAUUUAAAGGUUUAAGAAAACAGAUCACAAUGGAGGAGUUGAUUCGCUCACAAAUCAUUGACCAACAGACUGUUGUCGAUUUAAAUGAAGGCCUCCUUUCAGUGGAAGAGGUUAGCAACAGACUUUCAAGGUAUCUCCAGGGAACGGGUUGCAUUGCUGGUGUAUUUUUGGAGACUACAAAAGAACGUUUAUCAAUAUACCAGGCCAUGAAGAGGAACAUGAUUAGGCCAGGCACUGCUUUUGAACUUCUUGAGGCCCAGGCAGCUACUGGAUAUGUGAUAGAUCCAAUCAAGAAUCUUAAGCUGACUGUCAAUGAAGCAGUAAAGAUGGGAAUAGUAGGACCAGAGUUUAAAGACAAACUUCUCUCUGCUGAAAGGGCAGUGACCGGAUAUAGAGACCCUUAUUCAGGUAAAACAAUCUCCCUGUUUCAGGCCAUGAAAAAGGGUCUUAUCUUGAAAGAUCAUGGUAUCCGUCUACUUGAAGCCCAGAUUGCCACAGGUGGAAUCAUUGACCCUGAAGAAAGUCAUCGACUUCCUGUUGAGGUGGCUUACAAUCGUGGAUUCUUUGAUGAGGAAAUGAACGAAAUCCUGUCAGAUCCAUCUGAUGACACCAAAGGGUUCUUUGAUCCCAACACUGAAGAAAAUCUGACCUACCUUCAGCUGAUGGAGAGGUGUAUCAGUGAUGCUGAUACUGGCCUGGUGCUCCUUUUACUAAAACAAAAAAGUCGGGAAAGGAAAACCUCCUCAAAAUCUUCAGUUCGCAAACGCAGAGUUGUCAUUGUAGAUCCAGAGACAGGCAAAGAAAUGACUGUCUAUGAGGCCUACAGAAAUGGGCUAAUUGACCACCAAACCUAUCUGGAACUUUCUGAGCAGGAAUGUGAAUGGGAAGAAAUCACAAUGACCUCUUCUGAUGGCUCUGUUAAGUCCCUAAUUAUUGACAGAAAGUCAGGCAGACAAUAUGAUGUGGAUGACGCUCUUUCACGUGGACUCAUUGACCAGCAUGCCCUUAAUACUUACAGAGCUGGAAACCUGUCCAUCACAGAGUUUGCUGACAUGCUUUCUGGAAGCAUGGGUGGUUUCCGUUCACGCUCUUCCUCAUUUGGCUCAACCACAGGUUCCUCCUACUCCUCUGCCAUGAGCCCCAUACCCUCUUUGAAACCACCUGCAGUCAUUUGGAAUGACCCGACCGAGGUGACAGUUCCCAUAGCAGGAAUAUUGGAUAUAGACACACUAGAGAAAGUUUCUGUCACAGAGGCAAUGCACAGAAACCUUGUUGAUAACAUCACUGGCCAACGAUUGUUAGAGGCUCAAGCCUGUACAGGAGGUAUUAUUGACCCCAAUAGUGGAGAAAGAUUCUCGGUUUCUGAAGCCACAGAAAAAGGCUUGGUGGAUAAAGUUAUGGUUGAUCGCCUUAACCUUGCUCAGAAGGCUUUUAUUGGAUUUGAAGACCCAAGAACUAAAGUAAAGAUGUCUGCUUCCCAGGCCCUAAAGAAGGGCUGGCUGUAUUACGAAGCUGGUCAGCGUUUCCUUGAGAUUCAGUAUUUGACAGGUGGACUUAUUGAGCCUGAGCUCGAGGGCAGGGUGCCCUUAGAUGAGUCUAUCAGAAAGGGAACCAUCGAUGCCCGUACUGCCCAGAAACUAAGAGAUGUCAGUGCAUAUUCAAAAUAUCUUACAUGUCCAAAGACCAAACUGAAAAUCUCAUUCAAAGAUGCCAUGGACAAAAGCAUGGUUGAGGAAGGGACUGGCCUUAGGCUCCUGGAAGCCUCUUCACAGUCUACCAAAGGCCUUUACAGUCCCUACAAUGCUAGUGGCUCUGGAUCUGCUUAUGGUUCUCGAAGUGGCUCAAGGACUGGAUCCAGAACGGGGUCCAGAAGAGGAAGCUUUGACGCUGGUUCAGGCUUUAGCAUGAAUUUGGCCUCCUCCACAUUCACAUCCUCAUCCAGCUACACCCGCAGAUUCUGCCAGAGAGGAGAAGCAGAGGAGCUGAGCCAAUGGCAGUGUGAGUUCAGAGGUCAAAUCCGAGCUCUGCGGCAGUGGCUGUCGUGUAUGGAGAUGAGGCUGCCUCCUUUGGAUUCCCGGGUUGAACCUGAGCAGGAAUUUCCAGACGUGUUUAGGCUGAGACACAAAACGCUGGCGCAUCGCCACUGGCUUUUCUGUGCCAGCUUCCGCACUGGGAUCCUCGACAAGCCUGUCAGAAUUAUGGGUAACCUCAUGAGCCGGCCCAGCUGCUUGGGCCAAAAAUCAAAGCAGGUGAGGUCAGACCAAGGCUUCUUGAAGGAGUGCUACCAACGGCAGAAGGAAUGGCAGCCCUCCGAGCAGCAUGGGGAGGCCAAAACAGAAGAGGAUCUUAAAGAAAAAGUAGCCGAUGAUGCUCAGAAGGAGGAUAUUUUGGAUGAGGAAAAGAAAGAACAGAAAACAGAUCUUACGAGAGAGGAAGGUUGUUACACUCCUCUUUCAGAUGAACCCCUCCACAGCUCUCCUGCCUCUACAAUCAGAAGUAGCAGCACUCUGGAAAAUGCCUGGCACAACAGCCCUUCUCCUAUAAAAACCUCACGAAACGGAACACUAACACGAAGAGCGGUGCUUCCAGAAUAUUCAAGAUCCCCACUGGCAUACCCAGACAAAAGCUGUGCAGACAGGAGGGCCAGCUUCCAGAGGAGAGACUCCAGGGAGGGAAGCCCCUGGUCCUGGAAGACCGUGGCGUCACGCGAGGUCACUGAAGUGACUGAAGUGACGGAGACGGUUGUCACGGAAAUCGUUGAAGUGACUGAGUAUCCAUCAGGAGACAAGGGAGGAAACCCCAUCGUCACCAGAACUGUCAGAGUCCUGAAUGGUGUCGCAGAAGAACUUGCUGAGCUUCAAAAUGAUGGACGCUCAAAUUCCCACCAUGAUUGUAGCCCAGACAGGUGGAGGGAAACAAAGCCUGCCCUGGCAUUGAAGGAUGUCUCCACGGAUACUGAAUCAUUCCUCCAAAACCUGGACGCUUUGGUUACAUGGGUGCGUGAGAUAGAAGAACUGGAAUCCAGCCAGAAACCCCCAUCGUCAGAGGUCAAAGUGGUGAAAGCACAACUCCAAGAACAAAAGCUCUUACUGCGUCUCCUAACUGAUCGACGGCGUAGCAUGGACGUAAUGCUGUUGGAGGGUCCUCGCCUGGUGGAGACCCACCCAGGAGAGGAAGGGGAGCAGGCAAAAGUCAAGCUCACACAUCUCAAUGAAAAGUGGGAAAUGCUACUGCAGAACGCAGAGAGAAGGAGGACGACGCUGGAGCUCCUUCUGCCCAGAGCUCAGGUACUCCAGGAUGGAGUGGACGGCUUACAGCAGUGGCUCAUAUCUGCGGAGCAGACGCUUGCCGGGCUGCGAAAUGCAGAGAGAGUGAUGUUGCAUCUCCAAGAUGCCACGGACAGGGCGAAGGCUGUUGUUGAUGAAAUUCAAAUUAAAACUACUGACUUGGGGAAAAUACAGAAGUCAGGACAAGAUUUAAUGGAAGCAGUUUCAGAGGAAGAAGCCCUGCAGGUCCAGGAGAAGAUGGAUGCUCUGCGUAUUCGCUGUUCUGUGCUGAGCCUGAGCAGUCUGGAUGUGCUGCAGCGGCUCCAGCAGGCCCUGGAAGCUUCUAGUCGCUGCACCUCCAGCCAGGAGGACCUCCAUCUGUGGCUGGGUCGCAUUGAAAGGGAGCUGUUAGGAGCAGCAGGGGCGCAGACGCAUGUUGGAGAUGCUGUCCUGUGUGCAGCAGAAAGACAGCGACUGGAACAGGCGGUGCUGAAGGAGAUGGCUUGGUUCAGAGACACAGCACUCAGUCUUGAAAAGCUGAAAACUAUUGAUUUGGAUCCAGAACUCUUAGCAGAACAACUCCACGAACAAAAGAUCCUAGCUGUAGAGAUUCUCCAGCACAGAUUCAACAUUGAAAAGAUGAUGAAGAUUUCUGAAAUCUUGAUGACGUAUAACGAUGAAGGAGAAACUGGAGAUCUCCGGACUCCAGUAGAGGCCUUACAGGAUCAAUGCAACACCACCUCAGCCACCAACGCUCAUGUAGUCCUCCAGCUGGAGCACGCUCAGUCUCUUCUAGUUCAAUUCUCUGAAGGCCUCGCUGAGAUUUCACCAUGGCUGGAAGAAACUCAGGUCCUCAUUGGUCAGCUUUCUCUAAGCACAAUCAGUUACGAAGCCUUUCGGGAGCAGCAGGACCUCUCACAGGGUCUCAGAGAGUCCAUAGCAGAGCACAGACCGUUAAUUCAACGCCUGUGUUCUCUGGCUAAACGCCUGUCAGAACUGAACCCAACUCAGGGAGACCAGUUCUGUCGCAAGGCAGCCGAGGCUGAGGAGCAGCACACAGCCAUCAGAGAGCGAGUCAAGGAGACUGCAAAACUGCUCGAGGACUCUCUACCACGCUUCACGCAAUUGAAUGAGCGGAUGACUCUUAUAAGAGACAGUCUGGACCGUCUGCUUAGUCGCAUGCAGACACCCCCCUCCCUGCAGGGUCUUCCCCCCAGAAUCCAGGAGCACCUGCAGGACAACAAGCAAACCCUGGCUGAGCUGUCCAAACUGGAGCUGGGCCUCAGCAACGUCAAAACACAAGCAGAAGAAAUGAUGACCAACAGUCAGGCAACGGGGGACGGAUCCAUCCGCACUGCGGUUCAGGAACGCGUGUCCAGCCUGUCCAGGCUGUGGGACGAGACCCAUCAACAAGCAAAGGACAAAGAAGGCUGGCUGCUCAAAGUCUUAGACCUGGCAGUGAAGUUUUGGAGUGAUGUGAGUGAAGUGACGACAGCUCUCAGUGAUGCUCAGCAGGCUGUGUUGGAUCUCAGCUCGAGUCUGACUGACUGUGAGAAGAUUCGCCAGAGCCUGGAGUCCAUGCAGUCCUUAAGGGAGGACAUAGACAGUUUGCAGGGAGAUCUGGACAUCCUUGGAGUUCUGGGAAUGGAUCUGAUGUCAGCAUGUGGAGAUACUGACAAACCCGAUGUCACAAAGAGCCUGGAUGAACUUUAUUGUACAUGGAACAACUUAAGCAAACUUUGGAAUGAAAGUCACAGAAAGCUUGAGGAGUCUCUGCAGAGGGCUUUGGAUUAUCAGGAUACCAUGCAGGGCUUGUUUGAGUGGUUGAAGUCAGCUGAGCUGCGGAGCACAGAAGGGUUCAUGGUAGGAACUGACCUAGAAUCAGUGAAACAGCAGCUCUGUGAUCUUAAGAAUUUUAAGCGGGAACUCCAUCAAAAAAAGAUUGAAGUGGAAAGUUUAAACCAUGGCUUUGUGUGCCGGCUGUCGCCGGGCUCCGAGCGACCGGGCUCAGUCUCACCUCUGUGCGACUUCAGGCAGCGCUGGGACAGUUUGGAGUCAGAGACUGUGAACAGACAGCAUCAGUUGGAAAGCGCUCUGCUGGGCCUUGGUCAAUUCCAAAACACUCUGGAUGAGCUGCACACGUGGCUUUCCCGCACCGCUGAACAACUGCAGGGCGCGCAGACAGUCACCAUCGACCUGCAGGCCUGUGAGAUCGAGCUGGCAAAACACAAGGUGCUGCGGAAUGACGUCAUGUCCCACAUCCGCACGGUUGAGUCUCUAAAUCGGGCUGGAGAAAGGCUGCUGGAGGCUGGAUCCGGGGACAGUCCACAUGGGCUGCAGGCUCAGCUGGAGCUCCUGAACGAAAGCUGGGAGUUCGUUCGCUGCGAGACUGAUCGCAGACAGCUGGAGUUAGAGAACAGACUGAGUCAGGUGCAAGAUGUUGCAAUGGAGAUCCAGGACUUGUUACAGUGGCUGGAGAACACAGACCUGAGACUGUCCUCCAAAACCAUGUGGGGAAUGCCAGAGUCUGCCAGCGAAAGACUCAAUGCUCACCUGGAGUUGUGCAGUGAGAUGGAGUCAAAGCUGUAUUCCUACACAGAUGUGAGGAAUGCGGUUCACAGGAUGCUGGAGAGCAGUUUUGUUGUUCGGGGUUCCAGCACAGAACACAGCUUGUCUAUUCUGGAACAGCAAUGGGCUUCAGUUAGCAGCAAAGUCCAGGAGCGGAAAGCUAAGCUCACAGAGGGGCUGAGUCUCGCCAAGGAGUUUCACAGCAGCGUUCAGGAAAUCCUUACAAAGAUGAGUAAAUGCGAAGAGUCCAUUGGGGUUCUUCCUCUUCCCAGUUUUGUUCUGGAUACAGUUUGCACACAGCUUCAACACCACAAGUUACUGGUUGAUGAAGUGAAUGGAUUUGGCGAAAAGAAGAGCUCACUGGAGAGUGCAGGCCGCAGGCUGACAGAGCUGAGCAGGAGGGAGGACUGUGAUGUCAUCCACAACCUGAUCAUGACCGUCCAGGAUCGAUACAAAAAGCUGCUGCAGCUCAUUUCUGAGAGAGGCAGGAUGCUGGAAGAUGUUCGAAAGAAUGCCAAGCAGUUCAAUGAAUCUUGGCGGCUCCUUUUGGACUGGAUGACAGAGGUUGAGCAGACAUUAGAUACCCAUAAGGAGAUUGCUGUCUCCCAUGAGGAGAUCAAGCAACAACUCACUGAACAGAAGGACUUUCAGAAGCUUUUGAGAUCAAAGAGGCCCAUGUACGAGGCCACGAUGAAGAGCGGCCGCAGCCUCCACGAGAAAACUCAGUUUGACCGAGACAGGCAACAUCUGGAGAACCAGCUGGCUGAACUGAAGGACACAUGGGACACCAUCAGUGGCAAAUCCAUGGAGAGGCAACAUAAACUGGAAGAAGCAUUGCUGUUCUCAGGACGAUUCACAGAUGCCCUGCAGGCUUUAAAUGACUGGCUCUACAGAGCAGAGCCCCAAUUAGCUGAAGAUGUUCCUGUGGGCGGAGACAAGGACACUGUCAACAAUCUCAUAGACAAACACAAGGCUUUUCAGAAGGAGUUGGGGAAACGAGCUGGACGCAUUCGGACUCUGAAGCGCUCUGUCCGAGAUCUGACCAGGAGCAGCACAGCAGAUGCUCACUGGCUGCAAGAGCAGAUGGAUGAACUGGAGGGCCGUUGGGAGGUCGUAUGCAAACUAUCUGUCAGCAAACAGGACAGGCUGGAGGCUGCACUUCAACAGGGUGAGAAGUUCGAUGCCCUGGUUCACACUUUCAUGGAGCGUCUCACUGAGGCAGAGCGGAUCCUCAAGUACGGGGUCAUUCCAGAAGAGGAGGACGGUCUGCUUGCCUUCCGCAGAGAACAUGAGGAGUCACUUCAUGGCCUGCAGGGUCAAGCUGGAGAGCUAGAAAAGAUCCAGUGUGUCGGGGAGGACAUUCUGUCCUCCUGUCACCCAGACUCAAUAAUUACACUCAAAUCUUGGAUGAGUGUCACUAAAACUCGCUACGAAGAGGUUCACACCUGGGCCCAGCAGCAGGGCCAAAAGAUCCAGGCCAGCUUGGCAACACUGGAGGCAGAGAAAGAGGAAGUCCAGAGGCUCCUGGACUGGAUCUCCUCUGCAAAAGAAGCUCUUCAGCUUAGAGAUCAAGACCCCUUACCCGAAACUACAGAGCAAAACCACAAACUUGUUGAACAGCACACGAUUUUCAUGGAGGAAUUCCACAAAAAGUUCCCAGAGGUUGAACAUGCCACAAAAUCCUGCAAACACAAGAGUGUGCCAAAGCACCACAUUUCCCCGAGCAAGCGCCCAUUCACUAAACGACGGAGUGCAAUGAAGCUGCCUCCAGUUGUAUCUGUCCCCCUGGACCACCUGGACCCACAAACUCCACAGCUGAGUCAGCUGAUCAGCCAGUGGCAAAAACUUUGGCAUCUGACAGUGGCAAGGCAAAACCGAUUGGAGCAACACCAGCAGAUGCUCAAAGAGAUGGAGGAGUUUGCCAACUUUGACUUCAACAUUUGGCGAAAGCGUUACAUUCAGUGGAUUAGUCACAUGAAGUCUCGGAUCUUAGAUGUGUUCCGCUGCAUCGACAGGGAUCAGGAUGGACGGAUCAGCCACAAAGAGUUUGUUGACUAUGUCCUGGCUUCUAAGUUUCCAACCAAUUCCCUGGAGAUGAAUGCCGUGGCAAACAUUUUUGACACAAACGCCGACGGUUUUAUAGACUACUAUGAGUUUGUGAGCGCGCUCCAUCCCAGUAGGGAUCCCUACAGGAAAACGCUGGAUGCAGAUCAGAUCAAUGAAGAAGUCAGUCGACAGGUAUCACAGUGUAGCUGCCCAAAAAGAUUCCAAGUAGAGCAAAUCAGUGCAAAUAGAUACAGGUUUGGAGAUUCCCAGCAACUGCGGAUGGUUCGGAUCCUCCGUAGCACAUUGAUGGUCAGGGUUGGAGGAGGCUGGACUGCUCUGGAUGAGUUUUUGGUCAAGAAUGACCCCUGCAGAGUGAAAGGUCGGACUAACCUGAAAAUCAAAGAGAAGUACCUGUCACCAGCGGGAAGCACCACCAAGGGUUUAACUGUGAGCAGGUCUAACUCCAGCCUCAGCCUCUACAGCAGCGCCUCCGCCCCCACCAGCCCCAAGACAUGCAAGGCAUUGCUCCGCAGGAGUUUCUCAGGUGAUCGCUCCAUCCGUCCCAGGAGCUCCAUAGCUGCUCUGGGGUCCGAUUUGCAUUUUAUCUCUGCAAGGGAGGACAACUCCCCCUCACCUUCAGACGAGGCAGACAGAUUCCCUACGUGAGUAGCUCUGCUUCUAUGCACCAAGUCUGCUGCUGGAUUUAAACCAACAAAGCCUUGGAGCACUGAAACCAGGUGAUGAGACGGACAAACGCACUGAAGUGUAAAAAGCUGUGUACUGUCUGAAAAAGUGAAACGAACGGACAACAAGGUUCUAGAAAAGGGAUGGCUAUAUGUCUGUAGAUUCCAGAAGUGAGACUGAAGGAUUAUUCUCUUUGUGGUUUGUGGACCAUGACGAGUCAAUUUAUAUUUAAGAUAUAAAGGGGGACUCUCUGACUUUUGGUCCCUAGAUGCCUUCCGUUCAUUUAUCUGAUUGUCCAGAAAGUAAGACGCUCUGCAUGGAUCUUUACCGCAUGGCCUCAAGAGCCUUUGCUUUGCUUUUAUUCAGCUUUUCUAUUUUUAAAAUGAGCCAGGGCAGCAAUAAACAGACAAUUACAGUCUAACUUAAAGAAGAGCAGUUAAGAUUCACUUCCUGUAAUGGUGCUGUGUUGUCUGACGGCCUUGGUGGGAAUCCGAAUGAACAUUAAACCAAAAAUCAUAUCAAGAUAAAUGCUACCAUAUAUGUUCCUGCAUCUUUAGCAUACCUUCAUUUUUUUGUCACUGUUGGCAGAGCCAUGCCAUCUCUGGCCCUUUUUCGGGGCAUUUAUUUCUCCAACAGUCAUUCAUUACUGUAAGAACUUUGGAAAGACAACAUUAUAUACCAGAGAUAGGACUUUUCAUUGCUGCUUUGUAGAUUUUCUUUUCUCAGGACUAUUUUUCAUUCACGUCUUUGUGCAAAACGUUAAUGUGAACAUGUGCUGUUUCCUGCAGAAAACUGGAAACAUUUAGUUAAACAUGCACUUUUUCUCGAUCAAAUAUGAAAAACGUGAGAGCAAAAAUGACAGUUGUUAGUGGCAAUUGUGAAAACAUAAAUUGUGUUUUUUAAUGUAAGUGUCUUAAAAAGAUUCUGAACUUUUGUACAGUUCAACAUAGGUGGUAAUAUUAGUGACAGUUUUUGUUUUUUCAUUGUACUUCUCUUAUCUAACAGAAUAUAUUUUCCUCAUAUUAGCAUGGGCCAAAACUCCAUUCUUUCAAACAUGUUCAGUGAACAUCUAACCAGUUUCCUUCAGAAUCACAUUUGAUCCUUAAAAAAACAAGAAUCAUUACAUCAGAAGCAAUGACUUUGAGAUUUACAGUAUGUUCUUCUGUGUUUUAUCACUCCUUGUUUAUCUUAUUUUUACCAUAUGCUUCGUCUAAUUGUAUGUCAUAUUUGUAAAUGUUGUCUUUACAUAAUGUCUACCUAAAGGACAGUUGCUGGUCUAUGCAAUUGUUGUGAGGAAUUUUUUAUGUCAGACAUGUUUUUACUCUUUAGCUGAUGAGAGACUCAAUGAUUUCCUUGAUACAAAAGGAAGAUUCCAUCCAGUUGCUAUGCAUCCAAAUCUUCCUGUACUGUAAACGUUUCUAUACCCAGCACUCAUUCUAAUGUCUUCUUUAGGAAAACUAAAGGAAUGCCUCUUAUGCUUUUGUGUCCACUUGUAUAAAAGAUUUUUUGUCUUUUGUAAUAAAAUUACACAUUUUCUUAUUA